AUGUCUAGUGGAAUAGAUACGAGCGUGACUGACGAUGGGGUCAGCACCACUGUCAUCGAUACGACGUCCACCAGCUUAACUACUUCCUUCUCUACCACUGUCACCGUCACAGAUAGCACAGCUUCAACAUCCGAAAUCACUACCUCUACGCCGUCCUCUACGAUUGUCUCUUCCGUUUCCAUUCCACCGUCGACCACGGUCAUUGAGCCCACCUCCACCUCGAGUCCCAGCGUUGUUGCUGUCACAGCCACAAUUACCCAAACGCCGUCGGCGACAGAAGGCACUACGGCUCCUUCUGUUAUCGUUGUCACAUCAACCUAUUCCCCCGAUACGCCUACCUCCGAUACUGCAGUAGUUAGUUCCGUCAUUACCACUUCUAGUUCCUCUCCCACCCCCUCUACACUGAGCGCUUCUGGGUCGAAUUCGGGCUCUUCUGGUGGUCUUAGUUCAGGGGCGAAGAUAGCAAUUGCUGUCAUCAUUCCAAUCGUGGUCAUUGCCGCGGCCUUUUUGAUCGGAUUCUUUUGUUGGAGGAGGAGAAAGGCAAGGAAGAGUGCAGAGGAACAGCGGAAGAACGAGAUGGCCGAAUAUGGUUUCAAUCCGAACAACGAUCCGACAUUGGUACCGGUUGGCGGUGCAUAUACUGACAAUCAAUCCGAGGCGCAUGAAGACAACAGUGGCUACCGCGGAUGGGGAGCAACCUCGUCCAACCGAAAGGCAUCGACAACUUUGGGCUCGAAUGGUAGAGCUGCUGCUGCUGGUGUUGCUCUAUCCGAAAGCAGCAGCCAACCUGGAGGCUAUGGAGUGCAAAGUUCCCCCAAUGGCGCGGUAGAUCAAUAUUCUGCGGACCCUGUGACGAAUGGCCAUCCGGAAAGCGGUGAUGGAGUUGCUGCAUUGGGCGCAGGAGGGCUUGCGGGGGGACUUAACAGGAACCACAACGGAACUGCAGACAUCCGUCGUGGACCGUCAAACGCUUCCUCCGCAUAUUCUACCGGCCACCAGUCUGAGGCUUCUUCCGACACUCCCCAAAUGCCAGGCCCAUACUAUCAAGAAGAAGUUCCUUAUAAUAUUUAUAACGAUGCCGCCCCCCACCAUGGACCCUAUGGCGAUGGAUCUUACGGUGGUGCUGGAGGUCAACCAGUCAUACGCGACGUUCAAGCACGGAGAAAUACUCGCAUCGAGCGAGCGCCUACAUUCCCUCAAACACAGGGUGGAAUAGCCCAGAACUUUUAA